UUGUGCUGACACUUCCACUGGGAGUGGCCUGUCCAAUUUUAUCAGCGCCAUGAGGGUCCUGGAAAAAAACUGAACAAGUCCGGAAAACUGUCGAUCUAAUACAUGACUUUUUGAUUUUUCUUCAUUCAUGCGUUCCGUACUUUCCCAAAUAUGCCUGCGGUUAAAGGCUUCUCGAUCGUUUACAACGCGCUAAAUGAGGACAGGACGUUCUCUGAGGGGGACACCCUCUCAGGAAAAGUAACGCUGGCCUUGCAAAAGCCAGCAGCGGUGCAAAGCCUUUUUGUCAAAGUGAAAGGAGACGCUCAGGUACGCUGGACGACUAGGAGUGGCAACCACAACCACACACAUUCUUCACACCGGAGAUACUUCAAGCUGAAGCACUUUUUGAUCGUGGAGAGCGCCAAUGAGACUGUGCUUUCCCAAGGUAACCAUGUGUAUGACUUCAGCUUUACCCUACCAUCAACGAGCAUGCCUUCAAGCUUCAAGGGCAGCUAUGGCUCUGUUGUCUACAGGCUUGAAGCAAAGUUGGCCAGAAGUUGGAGAGUGGAUCAGACUGUGGAAAAGGAGAUAUAUUUUUGCUCCAAGUCCUUCCCACACCUACAGACUCUGAUGUCACAACAAAUUGGAGUAGCAGACAAAGAAGUGGGAAUUUUCUCAAGUGGAAAUGUGCACAUGGAAGCCACUGUGGAUAGGACGGCUUAUGCCCCAGGACAAACUGCAAUGAUUGUUGCAAAAAUCAACAAUUCCUCUUCCAGUGACAUGAUACCCAAAGUGCGUUUGACCCAGGCUAUUGUGUACACUGCCAGCAGCAGUACCAAACAUGAAAGCAAAAAUAUCCACAAAGUAGCUGGCCAAAGUGUGCAACCUCACUCAGAGAAAGAGGUCAGUUGGGCUCUGAAGAUUCCCACCAAUCAGGAGCUGAGCAUCAGAAACUGUGACGUCAUCUCAGUGGAAUACUACUUAAAGGUGUAUCUGGAUAUCAGUUUUGCCUUCGACCCAGAGAUCAAGUUCCCAGUCAUCGUCAUACCUUCUACGCUAAUCUUUGGUUCUCAGCCUAGUGUUUCUGGGCCAAACCGUGACUUCCUCCCUUCUGCACCCAGUGUGCCUUAUUAUCCUGCCUCCCCACACAGAUACCCAGCAGCCCAAGCAUAUUCAGCACCCCCGCCUUCUUACCCAGGUAAUCCAUAUGCUGGUCCAUCACUCAUGCAUCGUAAUCAGCCUGCACCCAUGGCAUGGGGUUACAGCAAUCCAGGAUCUCAGCCAUCUUCUUCAUAUGGGUCUCCAUGUUUACCAUCAUCAUCAUCCCAUAUUCUUCACCCUCCACCGAAUGUGCCGUCAUUUCAGCCACCUUCUCCAACAUUUCAUCCACGUCCAUCAGCCCAAAUGACCCAUUCAGACCCAGCCACACCACAACUAUUAGACACAGCCCCGUCUGCUCCAGCAUACGAACUGCCUUCUUAUUUGAUGAACACCAAUUUCCUGUCUCAAUCUGAUGAACCUCCUCCCGCUUAUUCAGUUAUUUUCCCAUCUUCUGCAAAUGAAGAGUCAAAUGAAGCCAAAUAGCAGCAGCGGUAUACACACACCACAGAAAAAAUUGGAUCGUGUUCCAUUAAGUGUGAAUUUGAAACAAACUGAAAUAUUAGAUUUAAGGUCAAGUGCUAUGUUUGGUAUUGUUUUGACUGAAUAUGAUGAAUAUGAAUAUGCUCUCUGUGGCCUUAUCAUGUUCUUUGUUUCUUCCUGCCUUACAGUGAAUACAGUAAGUAAAAGAAUUCAUACCCUUUGUGAUUUCAGUUGUUGUUGAUUGAAUAUUGUUAUACUGUUAAUGACACAAAAAAGUUAAGAAGUUGUAAAAAAAAUAUUCACAAUUUCAAUUAAAAUUAUUUGUAUCUGUGCUUUUAUCAAACAGUUUUGAGGAAAUUUAAUCUCGUGCAUUAUUUUAAAGGAUUCUCAUACUUUCUAGCAUUAUCUGGAGUUAUCAAAGUGUGUGGCUGCAGGAAAAGCGCAGCAGCUCGAGUAAAUCCAAAAACUGAUUUUUCUGGAGCAUAUUUUGUAGAAUUUUCAGCCCACCCUGGACGCUAAAAAUCAGUUCAUUUUGCCUUUGAUAUAACUCGGGUUAGCUAAGCUGAUUUGAAAAAAUGUGUUUUCUUUAUUUUUUUCAAGCUGCUCUGCCUCCCCUGCAGUCUUCUGUCUAAGGCAAACCCUUGAUAUAAAAUAUUGUAAUCACCUAUACAUUUUGAAAAUGGGAACGUUUGAAAAUGGAAUACUUUUGAGCUUGCAUUUUCUACCCGUGCGUGUGUGGGUUUUCUCCUCCCACAUUCCAAAAACAUGCAUGUUAGGUUAAUUGGCGACUCAAAAUUGUCCAUAGGUAUGAAUGUGAGCGUGAAUGACUGUUUGUCUACAUGUGCCCUGUGAUUGGCUGGCGACUAGUCCAGGGCAUACCCCAACUCACGCCCCAAGUAGCUGGGAUAGGCUGACCCUAAUGAGGAUAAGUGGCAUAGAAAAUAGGUGGAUGUAUUAACAUGAAAAGGAAAAAGACUGUUGAUAGAAUAUUUGUUUGAUCUGGACAUUUUAUCAGUUGUAUGAGCUACAUCAUGAUAAUGGAUACUAUACAUUAAUCUGCAAUGUAAAAACUCAGGAAGACGUGGUUUUACACCUAUGGCAAAUUGUUGGAUGUUUACUACUGUAUUAAUGUCAUUGGUAUUAUUACACCCUAUAGGAGAAUGGCAGCUGUUGGAUACUGUAAUGAUGUCCAUGCUAUUUUGAUGUAACUCUUUUUAAAGGAGGAAAUAUAAACAUAUCUUUUGAGCUCUAUAAAUGUGCCUUCAAAUUGCAUGAAUGUCGACAACAACAUUGGGUAGGCAUACAUAAGCCUCUUGCUUCAGCCUACUCCUUUUGAGCUUCAUUACUGUGCAAUGAUGCCAUUUUGAUUGUAAAAAUAAUGCAUGUGAACUGCUCAAUAACACUUGAUAUGCUAUGCUAUGCUAUUUACCUUUUUUCAAUUGCAUUAUUAAUCAGUUUGUAUUAUUCAGUUGUUGCUGUCAUUGUUGUAUGCAUUUUACACUAGCUCACAGUAUGCUCACAUACUCACAAUAUGCUACAAGCUCGCAUGUUGAAGAUUUAGGUCAAAUUGAUCUCUGUUUCUUUUUAAAUUCAUUUACUUUUACUCAUUAGUGCCGCUCCUAAUUAGUUAGUAUUUGCUGUGUAACAGUACAUGUUCUUGCUGUAUUGUUUUGCAAGUUAUGGUACCGCUGGUGGUACACGGGGCUCCAGCUUGUGGUACUCAGCGGCAACACCUUUUUAAAAAAUGACAUUACAAACAUGCAGGUAUACCGGUUCAAUGUUUGUACAAAUAAAAAUGAUUAACAA